UAUUUAGAUUUGAGCUCAUUAAUAACAGCAAGCGUACUAAAAGCACGGCGGUGUAAUUUGAAAUAAAUUUAUAAAAUUAUUUUCUCGGAUUGCCAUACCGGAAAGUUUGCAAAGAUGACUAACUUAACUGUUCACCUAUUUUUUGCUUUAUACUUUGUGAUUUAUUUAAUGGACUCACACGAUGCUUUAUCGAUUAUUCCGAAUUGCCCUUUUGAAGACACUGUCAACAUAACCGGUAGCAAAAGAUUUAGCAACGGUUCUUACCUUUACGAAGGUGUGCUGAUACCCCCGAAUAUGACCGGCUCCUACGAAUACAUUGAAAAUGAGGAAAAAUCUCAAAAAGUUGCGAGACAUCUGCGUGGUUGUGUGUGUCAAAUUAAAAAUUGCUUCAAGCUCUGUUGCACUCCGAGGGAGAGGUUACUGGAGAAGAACCAAGGAUGGGAAUGUGUGGAAUUUUCUGACAAAGACAAAUAUACGUUAAAUAUAAAUAUUAGCUUGUCUGAUGGUAGUGAAGUUUUAAAGAAUGUACUGAAAGAAUUCGUAGUGCAGGUGGGAAUACCAUGUGAAAAAGGGUACAUGCUAGACCCAUAUAUUGACGAAUGGCGCUUAUAUGAGAAUGGCACUUUUUUGCGCUUAUACGACAAGAAGGCGUUGAACCGCAGCGGUUAUUGCAUGUCUGCUUCUUAUAAUAAUAGUGGUGUAUUUCAGUUACAACCAUAUAACUGCGGCAUCUUAGUACUGAGACUGGAGUUUGACACAAACAUUAUAGUAAUGUUAGUUUCCUUGCCCUUUUUAUUGUUAACCAUACUGACCUAUUGGGCCAUACCGGAGCUAUAUAAAAGUUUAUAUUACAAAUGCUUAAUUUGCUAUAUGUUCUCGAUAAUAAUUGCGAAUACGAUGAUAAUUAUGAUCAACUUGAGAACAAAGGAAUACGAUCCCGUUCCAUGUGGAAUAAUUGGCUCGGUCGCAUAUUACUUCUAUCUGGGCGCAUUCUUUUGGCUCAAUAUCAUUUGUUUCGAUAUUUGGGCCAGCUUUACUCACCCCUUCACUGCUGCGCAACGAUAUUCGAAGCGUAAAAAUUUUCGCAACUACUCACUCUAUGCUUGGGGACUGCCAAUGUUGAUGACUGUUGUGACCAUGACAUUACAGUUAUCUUCUAUAAAUACUUCAUACAAAUCAGGUAUCGGUGAAUCCCAUUGCUGGCUGAAAACCGAUAAUUGGUCAGCAAUGAUGUAUUUUCAUGGGCCCUGUUUCUUACUCAUCACCAUUAAUACAGUGCUAUUUUAUUUAACUGCGCGCAAGAUCUAUUGCGAUUGCAAAGAAAUUAAAGAGGUCUCAAGGAGUAUGAACAGCUCAAGUCAUACGAAAUCACAUGAGCAUAGUGUUUGGCUAUUCUUUCGUUUGUUCGUUGUAAUGGGCAUCAGUUGGAUAUUGGAAAUGAUCGGUUAUAUAGUGGGAGAAAAAAAUAGUUCAACAUUAUUUUUUAAAGUGGCCGAUUUAUUCAACGCAUCCCAAGGUUUAAUUAUAUUCGCGCUCUUUGUUAUGAAGAAAUCUACACUGCUGCUAAUUAAAAAAAGAAUAACAACAUCGGAUCACGAACAUUAAAGUGGCUAAGAAAAAAACUCAAUCACUCACUCGGUUGCAAUUAGUUAUGUCAUCAAAUAAAUAUGUCUUCUGUGGUAAAUUCUUAGAUAAAACAAAUACGUUAUUCAGCAUAGGCAAUAAAGUAUUCGUAAUAAAGCAAUGUUUCAAAA